AUGGUCGCUGGUGGAGACUCCAAAUAUGGGUCCUCUUUGACAACAUGCGAGAUCAGAUUUUGCAAUUGUCCAGGUCUUUCGCACAGUUUCGACAACGGUAGUGGCGAAUUUAGUAUCACACCAUUGUUGCGGCUGAGAAAAAUCCUGAGACGACCUUGCUCACACAGAGGAAGUAAUCUCGGAGACUUCAAACCUGGCAGAGCUCCUGUAACGCAAUUGACGCUGCAGCUUGAAUGCGUGCCGAGAGAUCGUUGUGACCGAACAUCGUCGUCACAUCCGAAUCAAGUGGUGGGGUUUCGGAAAACUGGGUCUGCGAGGACGAGGAUAAUACUGACGAAUUACGCUGAGCAUGCUGCCUCGCCCGCGAGAGAUUACGAUAAAGCGGAUAAGGUGUCCAAUACCCCUGGCGCACUCAGGAGGGCAUUGCAGGGUCUCAGCCGAGCUGGGAGAGUUCCAUCCUCUUCCUCAUGUAGGGAGUUGGGUGUUCAGCGGAGCUGCGGAGAGAGCGAGAGAGUUGUGGUAGACGCGCAGCUGCACGGAGCCCACAGGUUUUCCAGUUGUUUCACAAUCCCCCCUGCGCCCCUUUCUCGCACUCCUCCCUUCACUAUGGCGAUGGCUGUCAUGGCCUCCUCAGCUCAGGCCACGGCCCGCUUGCAAUUGGCGUCCUCGAACCCCACCAAGAGCUCAGUGAGGUCGUUGUCGUCGUGCGCUUCUGUAGCUGUGCGGGGCUUCCAACCCCUGUCAUUGCAAGCUAGAGGACGUCUCUCUCGUGCAGGUCCUCUCAGAAUAAGGGCAGCUGCAAAAGACACCGAGGAAGACAAGGUCUCUAAGUUGGUGGAUGCGGCUCCAAAAGCAGCUGGCUCAGCCGUAAAUCAGUUGCUUGGCAUUAAAGGCGCUUCAGCUGAAACGAACAAGUGGAAGAUUCGGCUGCAGCUCACGAAGCCUGUGACCUGGGCCCCUCUAAUCUGGGGGGUGUUGUGUGGUGCUGCUGCUUCAGGCAAUUUCCAGUGGACACUAGAGGAUGUGGCCAAGUCGUUGACAUGCAUGUUGAUGUCUGGACCUCUUCUUACAGGAUACACUCAGACCAUCAAUGAUUGGUACGACAGGGAGAUUGAUGCAAUCAAUGAGCCUUACAGACCCAUCCCCUCUGGAGCCAUCUCAGAGCCUGAAGUCAUAGCCCAAAUUUGGAUCCUUCUGCUGGGAGGAUUAGGGGUGGCUUACGGUCUGGACAGAUGGGCAGGACACGAUUUUCCCAUAAUUCUUUGCACAGCAAUUGGAGGGUCGUUCUUGUCAUAUAUUUAUUCCGCCCCACCUUUGAAGCUCAAGCAAAGUGGAUGGAUCGGGAAUUACGCCCUGGGCUCGAGUUACAUUUCUCUGCCAUGGUGGGCGGGACAAGCAUUGUUCGGUACUCUAUCAUGGGACGUCGUUAUUCUUACUCUUUUGUACAGUACUGCUGGGUUAGGGAUUGCUAUCGUCAACGACUUCAAAAGUAUUGAAGGAGAUCGGCAAAUGGGUUUGCAGUCAUUACCAGUAGCGUUCGGUAUCGACACAGCAAAGUAUAUUUGUGCUGCUUCCAUUGAUGUGACACAACUAGCGGUUGCAGCAUACAUCUUAUAUCAAGGAAAGACGUACUACGGUUUAGGGCUCCUCGCUCUAAUUAUCCCUCAAAUAAUUUUGCAGUUCAAGUACCUAUUAGUGGACCCUGUUAAAUACGAUGUCAAGUAUCAGGCUAGUGCACAACCUUUCUUCGUGUUUGGUCUCUUGUUGACCGCCCUGGCGACCAGCCAUUAAAUGGACAGUGUACAAUGAGUGACCCCUCAAGUUAGUGGAUUGCUUCAUUCAGUCAAAGAGAUCUGUACCAGGAGUGAACACGAGUGUCAGCAUAUUACCUUCGUUGCAGUUUUGAGAUCUCAUAUUGUGUACUCGCUGAUCACUAAGCUUGGAAGCGCCCUUAGAUUCAAUCAGAUAUAGACAUGAUCGAACUUAAUCUUAGAAAUACAAUCUAUGUCCUAGAGAUAGAAUCUUAGUUGUGAAGUCCCGAUUUUGCGUUUUAUUGGCCUCAAAUAAAUCCUCAUUUUGGUGGAAAGCUACCUCAACAGUGCAUUUAUAAGCAAGCAUCAGUUGGGCCAAGAGUCUUGGCAUUCAACGAAGAUAAUGAACCAACUGCAAUAGAUUUUUUAGCUUGAAUCUAGUCCAGUGCUAUUCAUUAGAAACGCAUCGACCAUUGAAAUCCCUGCAAGUAGGGGUUAUUGGAGUGUAACUCUAUCCACAAAUGUUCGUUCAACAGCAUUUGUUAACAAACGGAGCUAAACAGUCGAUUUUAUCGCUCUUGAA